AUGUCUCCUUCCCGGCAGAAGGACGCGGCAAAACCCCGUAGUUAUGUAUUCUGCUAUUAUGUCUCCGGUCAUGGUUAUGGACAUGCCACCAGAGUCGUUCAAGUUGCCUCAGAGAUUCUUUCUCUCUCUCGCAAGCACAUUCUGUACAUAAUUUCAAAUGCUCCACGAUUUAUCUUUCAGGGAGCAAUAGACCGUGGUGCGAAAUAUAGACAUGCACUUAUAGACGCAGGUGUUCAACAACCUAGAGCAUACACCGUUGAUAGAAAACAGACAAUAGACGAUUUGAAGGCGUUCCUUCAAAAUAGACCGGAAAUGAUUACCCGAGAAGUCGGAUGGUUAAAGGAAGUAAAGGCUGACGUUGUUUUAUCCGAUGCGCCAUUUCUGCCAUGUGCAGCGGCGUCUGCAGCAGGAAUUCCGUCAUCGAUCGUUAGUAAUUUCACAUUCGAUGCAGUUUAUAAUGGUUUGUGCGAGGGUGAUGAUCUAGACGUGACCAUAAGGCAACUUGUUGAGCAAGUUGUAGAGGAUUAUAAGAAAUCCGAUUUGUUGAUCCGCCUGCCUGGCUACAUUCCGAUACCAUCGUAUAAUGGAACUCAGCUUUAUCCCGAUUCAAGUGUUUCGAUAAAGCCCGUCAAAUUAUUAAAUGGGUGUUCCGCGACAAUUGGAAUAAAUCACCUGAACGGAUUUGAUUUUGCCCUGACCAAACAUCAUGGCAACGUGAUUGAUGUUCCUCUUGUUGUCCGGAAAUCGAUAACACCAAGAGACGUCUUUCUUUCAAGUCUUGGUAUUCCGAGGGAAAUUCAUGAAACCCAUAAAAUACUGAUGGUCUCCUUCGGAGGACAGAAUUUAGUUGGUAUGAAGGAAUGGGGAAAUCCGUUGCCCUCCGGUUGGAUAGCAAUAGUGUGCGGUGGUGACCCGGAGACAUUACCCGAGAAGUUUUAUAAGUGUCCUAGAGAAGCAUACAUCCCAGAUCUAACAAAUGCAGCCGAUGUGGUGAUGGGAAAAUUGGGGUAUGGUACAUGCUCAGAAUGUAUUGGUCACGAGAAACCUUUUAUUUAUGUUCCACGGCCGCAAUUUAUCGAGGAACUUGGAUUGAGGCGUCUCAUGGAGAUGCAAGGUUCAUGCGUUGAAAUGCAAAAAGAACAUUUUGAAACAGGACAAUGGAAAAAAUAUAUAUUGCAAGCAUCCUGUAUGCCGGGUGCUUGCGAAGAUGUUAGUAAAAGAUUAUCGCAUGAUGGUGGUAAGGUGGCAGCGAAAUUAAUAGAAAAAUUUUUAGACGCUCGUGUUAUGACCAUUAGGAAAAGCAAAAAUAUUAGUGGUUCGGUACCUAACAAUCCUAUCUUAAUAUGA